AUGAAAGGACAGCCGGCGCACCUGGAGCAUGCCGACGGCGAGGGCGCUGGUCACGAUUCACAUCCCACCGCUCCCGCAGCUCCUCAAAGUCCUCGCACCGAUCGCUCUCCCAAUCCCAACCGAACCUCCCCUCCGCAAUUCGAUUCCCUCAAUAUAACAUCCGAAAUCUCCGAGGCCCUGAGUUUACCAACCGCCAACCUCUCACUAGACCCGGCCCUCUCCCCGGUACCCCGCGGGGUGUCUCCGCAACAGGCUUCCCCUCGAGCUGUCCCUGGUGGCAUCGGCCGCCGCAGAGGCAUCGUCUUUAACGACUCCUUCACCGAUCCGACUGACGCCUUGCAAAAUAGCACCUCCGCCCAGCAGCAACGGCAGGCAAGUACUGGCUCGCGGCCCCGCACGCGAACGCUGGAUGCUGCCGCCGGAAUACAACGAGCGGCAGGCGUGGGCAGCUCUGACCCCAGACAUCGGGUUGGAAGCUUUAGCUCCUCUCCCCCUCAAAACUUUGGCGAUGACAGACGCCCGCCGCCGAUAUCGAUCGAUGCUGCUGGCUACCAGGCCCCUUCACUGGGCUCCCGUCAGCUAGAUACCCCGACCACCCCGAGCUCAGCAAAAGAUCGAAAGGCAAGCAAGCGCCUACUACCAAUAAUGUCCUCCCGCCCCUCAUCGCCGCUGUCACCAGCGUAUCCAACUGCAGAUUCACUAUGCCCUCCAAAGGCGUCCGAUGACCCAAAUAACGUCAUAUCUUUAAUGAAGACGGCAUGUGGCAAGAUGCGCGGCGAAAUCGAGUACCAGUCAGAAGCGGGUGGUCCUUGGUAUGCCGGCAUUGCUUACAUCGACGAGGAUACGGGGUCGCUGAUGUUCGACUCAGGUCAAAAUGGCCAAUUUUUAAUCCCCAUUAUCUCGGAUAUUCGGGGAUGUCGUGUUAUCGCCGUGCAGCAUACGGAGACUGGCAAGCGAUGCCUGGAGCUAUCUCCGAUGCUCUCAACCCUGAACCUUCUACUCACCCCACCAAAUCAGGAUGAGUUUGACAUGUGGUUCGCUGCCUUCUUGUGCUGGCAACAAACUCGCCCUACACCCCUAAAGCUUCUAAAUGGAAAACCCUCUACUCCCAUUGGGCCGGGUAGAUCCGAUGUCGUUACACACGGCAAGACGCUAGAAGCAGAGAAGCAGCCAAGCAUUAUCAAAUUCGAUAAGCUCAUGGUCUGGGAUAAGGGCCUAGCAGCUGUUCCAAGAACCAACUUCCUCCGCUCAUCAGCCAAGGAUGCCUGGUCACCGACAGCAUCAUGGAAGAACGUAUCAUGUAUUCUACAAGACAAUGGUGUGUUCACACUAUUACUUGAGAAUGAUGUCAUUGCUCUAUGCAUGAUUGAUCUCGCCCAGCUUUCCCGCCACGCCAUCCAGCAGCUCGAUCGAACCGUUUUGAACGAAGAGUUCUGUAUCGCCGUCUUCCCCACAUAUUGCUCCAAAGCAUCCAGAAUCUCUAUUUACCGCCCAGUUUACAUUGCUUUAGAGAACCGAAUGCAGUUCGAGGUCUGGUUUGUGCUGCUGCGAGCAUUUGCAACUCCAGAUAUUUAUCAGCUUAACAACCCAGACGACGACGAGUUGCUCGAAGUUCCAGACUUGUCAAAUGAGACUUGUGGCGAAAUCUUCCGCAUGGAAAAGAUUCUUAGCGUCCGAGUUAUCGAGGCAAAAAUAAAAGCCAAGGCAACUGGGCUAGAAUUCUUCUUCCCCGAGAAGCAUGGAAAGAUUGAAAACGACCCGCUGGUUGGCAACUAUUUGGCCGAGGUCAUCGUUGAUGGUGAGGUUCGUGCCCGAACAACGACCAAAUUCAACACCAAAAAUCCAUUUUGGCGUGAAGACUGCGAAAUCGUCGAUCUGGCACCGUCGGUUCAAGAAUUGUCUGUCUUGGUGAAGCGAGUCGACAUGGAAUAUGUCUAUCCAAAGACCACAGCAGCUCAACACAGAACCGCCGGAAACCAGGAGUUUGUCUGCGGAACAGUGAAUAUUGCUCUAGAUCAGCUAGAUCGAGGCAAAGAUCAUGAGGCGUGGCUUGAAAUCCAUGACGAGAAGCGCAAAGUCAUUGGCUCAAUGCUUAUUAAAGUACGCCACGAGGAGCAUGUUGCCCUUCUAGCAAAAGAAUACGCGGACCUUUCAGAAAUCCUUCACCGCUUUCCCACUGGGUUAACGACGCUGAUUUCUACCGCGAUGCCUGCCCAACUGCGCCACUUGGCGGAGAUGUUCCUCAACAUCUUCCAAGCAUCCGGUUCUGCCAGCGACUGGCUCAUGGCUUUGGUGGAAGAUGAGAUUGAUGGAAUAGGAAGCCAGACAUCCAUGAAGAAGUAUCGCUUCAGCAGCAGGCUCAAGUCUAAUGAAUCUGUUGAGUCGGCAAGUGACCGUGAGCUGAUUGUGCGCGAUAUGAGCAAGUCUCUUGCUGGUGAAGCAAACCUCCUCUUCCGCGGCAAUACGCUCUUGACUCAAUCCCUUGAAUUCCAUAUGCGUCGUCUGGGUAAAGAGUAUCUUGAGGAAACUCUCCAAAAUAAGGUUUUCGAGAUCAAUGAGCUGAAUCCCGACUGCGAGGUUGAUCCCAGCAAAAUCCAUCAAGGCAAUGGUGACAUUGAUCAGCAUUGGACACUCCUUCUUCGACUCACUAAUGAGAUGUGGCGAUGCAUUGCUGACUCUGCACUUCAUAUCCCCGCAGAGCUCCGCCAUAUCCUCAAGUAUAUCCGAGCGGUGGCAGAAGACAGAUACGGUGACUUCCACCGAUCUGCGACAUACACUGCCGUUUCUGGCUUUUUAUUCCUUAGAUUCAUCUGUCCAGCAAUUCUUUCGCCCAAGCUCUUUGGCUUGUUGCGCGACCACCCUAGGCAGAAGGCCCAGCGUACCUUGACGCUUAUUGCCAAGGUGCUACAGAAGCUAUCCAACCUGUCGACCUUUGGAAAGCGUGAGGAAUACAUGGAGCCGAUGAACAGGUUUCUAACCACCAACAAAGCCGCCUUCCGCGACUACAUCGAUCAAGUAUGCGGUAUCCCUGCAGAGCGAGGCAUCAAGGCCCAACCUGCCAACUACAGUACUCCGUUGGCAGUCAUGAGCAGAUUAAGCCCAACGGCAAAGGAGGGUUUCCCUACCCUUCCGUAUCUAAUCGAUCAUCCUAGAAGCUUUGCUGCUUUAGUAAAGCUCUGGUCCAACUAUAGACCAGAAGAUACUCUCCAAAAGGGCCAAGUGGAUGGUGAUUUGCUUAUUUUCAACGAUCUCUGUCUUGGUCUGCAGAAGCGGGCAGAUGCCUGCCUGGCCAAAGUACGACGACUCCGUGCUGCCGAAGCUGCUGCACAGGGUAUCUCUUGCGAUGUAGUCACUUCUUUGGAAGAUGCGACGAUUGCCGACCCGGUCAACAUACCCUUCACCAACCGAGAAGUUCCACACAACUACGACCAGUACCAGUCAGCAGGCAGUUCCGGUAGUGACGGGGCCGAAGACGCAUCCAACAGGAACAGAGAUCCUCGCCAAGCCAGUGAUGGCCGUAAGGGAAGCUCCUCGCGCGGUAUGCCCGGUGUGACGGGCACGCCAAAGAGCAAGAACGGCAAGGUGGGCAGGACGCUGCUCAGCGGCAUCAUGAAGAUUGGCGGUCGAUCUGAAAGCCCUGAUGCCAAAAGCAGCCGCUAA